AUGCAAAUCAGUUCAGCACUGCACCCUGACCUGAACUUAACGAAAGACGCUGCGAAUCGCGUUCAUUACGGAAUGAGGCAAGAGAUGGAUAUGCGGAUGUUUCGUCACUCGGCGGGUAAUUCGUCUGGAUGCUCUGAUAUCCUUAAAGGUCAAAGCAUCAGCACCGUUCGACGUCCUCCGAAACCGACACUGACGCAGAUCGAAGGAGUUGGAACAGAUGCUGAAGCUGAACAACGACGCAAGGUAUUCGUAGAAGACAUAAAUGUCACUUUGGCGUAA